ACGGAUAAAGUUCCAGAGCUGCUCUCUCUCUCACUGUCACUCUCUCUGCGCCGAAGAGAAAGGGUAAAUCCAGAAAAAUGCUAGCAAACCCUAGCUUCCAUGGCAGACCUUCUCCUCUCUCUUUACAACCCCCUCGCAAUCGAAGCCUCUCCUUCUCAUCCUUUUGUCCUGCCUUCUCAUAUUCCAGAACCCUUCCAUUCCCUUCCCUCUCAUCGAUUUUGCACAGAAACCCUAAGAAAUUUCGAACCAAAGCUUUGACGGACUCCAAACAACCUGGAACCAGCGAUUCCUUCGACAAGGCAAAUUUCGCACCGCGACCAUGCUCCGUCAAGAUCCCCGUCGGAGACAGACACAUCGUGGUUGAGACGGGUCUUAUUGGAAGACAAGCCAGUGGGUCUGUUACCAUAACUGAUGGGGAAACCAUUAUCUACACAUCUAUUUGUUUGGCCGAUGUUCCAAGUGAACCUUCUGAUUUCUUCCCUCUCUCAGUAAAUUAUCAAGAGCGCUUCUCUGCUGCAGGUCGUACAAGUGGCGGUUUCUUCAAACGAGAAGGGAGGGCAAAAGAUCAUGAGGUUCUUACUUGUAGAUUGAUAGAUAGACCCUUGCGUCCAACAAUGCCGAAGGGCUUCUACCAUGAAACUCAGAUAUUAUCUUGGGUUUUGAGCUAUGAUGGUUUGCACUCUCCUGAUUCUUUGGCAGUCACAGCAGCUGGAAUAGCAGUAGCUCUUUCAGAAGUCCCAAACUCCAAAGCAAUUGCUGGGGUCCGAAUUGGCCUAGUUGAUGAUAAGUUUAUUAUCAACCCAACUACCAGAGAGAUGGAAAAGUCAGAAUUGGACUUACUGCUAGCUGGGACAGAUAGUGCCAUAUUGAUGAUAGAGGGCUAUUGCAAUUUUCUUACAGAGGAGAAGUUAUUGCAAGCUGUGGAGGUUGGGCAGGUUGCUGUACGCGCAAUAUGCAAUGAGGUGGAGGCUCUGGUUAAGAUGUGUGGAAAGCCAAAGAUGCUUGAAGCAAUUAAGUUGCCUCCUCCUGAGCUAUAUAGGCAUGUUGAAGAAAUUGCUGGUGAUGAAUUGGUCAAGGUACUACAGAUAAGGAACAAAAUACCUAGAAGAAAAGCUCUUUCUGCACUGGAAGAGAGGGUUUUAACCAUUCUUACAGAGAAUGGAUAUGUUGCUAAGGAUGAACAACCUUCAGGUACGACCGAAGUGGAACCUGAUAUUUGUGAGGAGGAAGAUGAGGAUGAUGUAGUGAUUGUGGAUGGUGAAGUCGAUGAAGGUGACAUCCAUAUAAAGCCAGUUUCACGAAAACCAAUUCCCUUGUUAUUUUCUGAAGUAGACGUCAAGCUGGUUUUUAAGGAAGUCACAUCCAAAUUCUUGCGUAGACGGAUCGUGGAGGGUGGAAAAAGAAGUGAUGGACGAAGUCCGUCUGAAUUGCGUUUAAUCAGCUCACAAUGUGGAUUACUUCCAAGAGCACAUGGAAGCGCACUUUUUACACGUGGAGAAACACAGUCUCUUGCAGUGGCUACUCUUGGAGACAAACAAAUGGCACAAAGGAUAGACAACCUUGUGGACGAAGAUGAAGUGAAGAGAUUCUAUCUUCAGUAUUCCUUUCCACCAUCAUGUGUGGGGGAAGUUGGGCGCAUGGGAGCACCUAGCAGGAGGGAAAUUGGUCAUGGAAUGCUUGCAGAAAGAGCACUUGAGCCUCUUCUACCUUCCGAAGAGGAUUUUCCUUACACCAUACGUGUUGAGAGUACAAUUACUGAGAGCAACGGUUCUUCCAGUAUGGCAUCUGUUUGUGGGGGUUGCUUAGCAUUGCAAGAUGCUGGGGUUCCUGUGAAGUGCUCUAUCGCUGGGAUAGCAAUGGGUUUGGUUUUGGACACUAAAGAAUUUGGGGGAGAUGGAACCCCACUCAUUCUCUCUGACAUUAGUGGGUCUGAAGAUGCUUCUGGAGAUAUGGAUUUAAAGGUUGCUGGUAAUGAGAAUGGCAUCACUGCAUUUCAGAUGGACAUAAAGGUGGGAGGAAUUACUUUACCUGUUAUGGAACAAGCACUUCUACAAGCAAGAGCUGGGCGGAAGCAGAUUCUUGCUGAAAUGUUGAAGUGCUCACCCCCUCCAACAAAGAAACUUUCCAAAUACGCUCCAUUGAUACUUGUUAUGAAGGUCAAACCAGAAAAAGUAAACCUUAUUAUUGGCUCUGGUGGAAAGAAGGUGAAAAGUAUUAUUGAAGAGUCUGGAGUAGAAGCUAUUGAUACACAAGAUGAUGGUGUUGUUAAAAUUACCGCAAAGGACUUGUCAAGCUUGGAGAAGUCCAAAGCCAUAAUUAGCAAUCUGACAAUGGUUCCAACCAUCGGUGAUAUUUACAGGAAUUGUGAAAUCAAAUCCAUUGCCCCUUAUGGAGUUUUUGUUGAGAUCGCACCUGGGCGUGAGGGGCUCUGUCAUAUCAGCGAGCUGAGUUCAAAUUGGUUGGCGAAGGCUGAAGAUGUUUUCAAAGUUGGAGACCGCUUGGAUGUCAAACUUAUCGAGAUAAAUGAAAAGGGUCAACUGCGCCUAAGCCACAAAGCACUACUUCCUGACACAAGCCAAGAGAAAAGCAGUGGCAAGCAGCGAUCAAGCAGCCCCGCGAAGGAAAAUGUUUCUUCCCAAAAUGCAUCCGAUAAGGGCACUUUGAGAAAAGUAGUGAGCACACCAAAGGAUGAACUCGCCAGACAGGACACAGCACAAACCCAGGAUAAGAGUGCUCCUAAAAGUGUCACAAGUUCUGAUAAGGAGGUAACUUCAGUCCAGGAUAGCAUCGCUGAUAAAACUCUACAGCAAGAGAAGGCUGUCAAGAGAUUAGUUACCCCUUCUAGAGAUGGGCCAUCUCUUAAUAAAGACAGGCAGAAGAAGAGCAGCAGUAAAGAAGUUACAGGUGUUGGGACUGCAGAUGGAGGCAACUUAGUGAAUGGAGAGACUAAAAUCGGGUAAGAAGCAUUUGAUUUCUUGGUUAAGGGACUAAAUUCAAAGGGGCAUGUCCCAUCAUCCAUGCUGCUGAAGACCAAUGGCAGAUCCUUCAAUGCUUACUGAUUAUCCAGAAUGAUCUAUUGCCUUCUGUUGGAUCUACCCAUUUCAGUGCCUGUUAGAGUUACUGUGUAACUACAAUGCCUAUACAAGUGAGAGCUACAGGAAAAGGACCGUGCUUGUGGCAUUUGAUUGUUUUGAUUUAGGGAAGGAGGGAUUAGUAUGCCUUGGGAAAAAAAGAAGUAACUGAUGGUAUCAGAAUUUUCCCCUUUUUUUCCUUGGGAAACCCAAUUUAGGAUGAUGCAUCAUACUAUGAUUUGGUACACAGGUUUGAAUUUUGUUUAUUUUUCAAAGGAAUUCAGAGGUCCUUUUCUUGUA